UAAUGUUUUAUUUUAGGGUUGUGGAGAGUGUGGGAGAGAAUGUUGAAGAGGUAAAGGAAGGAGAUACUGUCAUUCCGACCUUCAUGGCAGAUUGUGGAGACUGUGCAGAUUGCAGAUCAAAGAAAAGCAACCUAUGUUCAAAACUUCCUUUCGGGCCAAAGCCUUGGAUGCCUAGAAAUGACACCACCAGAUUCACAGAUCUUAAUGGAGAGCCUUUAUACCAUUUUCUGUUUGUUUCUAGCUUUAGCGAGUAUACAGUGGUAGAUGUUGCCCAUGUAGUAAAAAUUGAUCCUGCUAUCCCUCCAAAUAGGGCAUGCCUCCUAAGCUGUGGAGUAUCAACAGGUGUUGGUGCUGCAUGGAGAACCGCAAAUGUGGAGGCAGGAUCAACUGUUGCUAUAUUUGGGCUGGGUUCAGUAGGAUUAGCAGUUGCAGAGGGAGCAAGACUUUGUGGUGCAACUAGGAUUAUAGGUGUGGACUUGAAUCCUGAGAAAUUCGAGAUUGGACAAAGAUUUGGAGUCACAGAAUUUGUUGAUUCAAGCAGCUGUGGAGAUAAAUCUGUGAGCCAGGUGAUCAAUGAGAUGACUGGUGGGGGGGCAGACUACUGCUUUGAAAGUGUUGGCUUGUCAUCCUUGGUGCAAGAAGCCUAUGCUUCAUGCAGAAAGGGUUGGGGAAAGACGAUUGUUUUAGGAGUGGAACCAGGAGCACAAUUGAACUUCAGUUCUGUAGAGCUACUCCACAGUGGGAAAACGAUUACAGGAUCCCUAUUUGGAGGAAUCAAAGCUAAAUCUGAUAUUCCAACUCUCUUGAAACGCUAUGAAGACAAGGACACCUUACAAGUUGCAUGUCCACACCUACAAAGUUGAUCUUAUAUCCCCUCUGCUCUUUCUCUCUCAUUUUUUUUUCUUCUUUGAAAUAACAGCUUAAUAUAUUGUAUUAACUUGAGGUGAGAUUAAAAGGAAGUCUUUGUACAUGUCAUAUUUUCAGGAACUGCACCUCGAUGAAUUCGUCACUCAUGAAGUGAAGUUUGAAGACAUCAAUAAAGCCUUCGAUUUACU